AUGGGCACACCCGAAUCCGCUGCACGUUGCCAGCCGUCCCCCGCUACGCCUCCACUUUGUGGAUGGGUGGGGCAGCAACCUGCAUCCGCCUCAGCAAGGAAAGAUGUGAGGACUCAGCGUAGGGCACAAGGGAAAGGUGCAGUGGAGGAGGCACACCGACGCGCGCCAGAGGUAUUUGAGCACAAACAGGGGAGAGGAAACGCAGGGGGCGCAGGAACUCAUCACCGUAGCGGGGAGGAGAGUGAGGUCGCCACGGGGGGAGGACACCAGGCAAGGCAGUCAGGCCGGCACCCGCAAAGCAAAUGUGUAUGCCAUCACAGGCAGCACCGCAGUGUCUCCAACGACCAGCGGAAGACAAAGUCGAACGUCCCGGAGACGCAGGUGCCGGCGGGGGGGGCGGACGACGGCGCGACACGGGUCGCUCUCGCAUGCGAAUCGUCCAGCUGCUCGUUGCUGCACACGGCCGGGGCACCCUGCACGUUCGCAACAGUGAUGUGUGGAUGGGCGUUUUUGCAUGGGCACUCGCACUCGAUCGCCGUCCAUUCGCGUCUGACACAACGAACGUCGGCGUGA